AUGGGAAAUUACGUCUCAUGCACUCUUUCGGGGCCCAUCGGGAAAGGUUCGAGCAGGGCUACAAAGAUCGGGAGGAGAUUCAACGCGCUGAAUGCGGAUGAGGAUCUGGAGAUGGGGAAUGUGUACGUGUUUUUUCUGAUGAGUAAGGUUAACGCGGCGGCGGACAUGGCGGCUCUGUUCCUGGCGGCGAACUCCUCCGCCAAGCGAAUGUCAAGGGGGAGCGUCAGGAUCCUGCCGUGCGGCGGCGGCGAUGUGCAGAUUGUGAAGAGCGUCGCUGAGAAAUCGGCUGAGCCGAAGCUCAAUUUCGACGAUGUUGAUGAUUUCUCGGUGGCGGAGUUCAAGCAGAGGGUGUCUUUCUGCAGAUCGAAGAAGCCGUUGCUGGAGACCAUUGCUGAAGAACCUGCUUUUGUUAGAUGA